AUGGGCAAUGCCUUUGGUAUCGAACGAAUACUGCAUAACAAGACGACCAAGCGUUCGAGUGACAACAGCCAGAGUGAUCCGCCUUCUUCAAGUCCGCUUCCUGAUACUGUUAUCACAUCGGCAGCUGGUGCUGAUGAUACCUCGUCUGUGGACAACAAUACUGGUUUGUCUUCAACUCCUUCUCAACAACCACUUUCGACGCUGCUAGUGCCAAACCUCCAGGUCACAUCUCUGGGCAGUGAAAAUAACGACCCUUCGAGGCUUCGGAGCGCGAGUAUGGGAUCAAAGGCCAUGCAUUGGGACGUAGCACCUCCCCAUGUAUCCGAUCAGAGCAAAAUGCGUAUCAGCCAGUCUACGGGCGCAUUGGACCAAGUACUUGAUGACCGAGAACAACAACAACAGCAUCAGCGUCAGCAACGGGAGAAACGACGACGACAACGGCAACGGUGGCGGCGGCGCAAGCGUACUAUUGGAUCGGUCUUCAAUGAUAUGUGUGUAAAGUUCAAUGCUUGCGGAAAUGGUUCCCUUAGCAGUGACGAAGAACAAGACAACCAUCCAUAUCUCAACAAUACCCACAAUAUAUCAGAGCCAUCAGAAAGCCGGUCAAGAAGUUCUGGCGAGAUUGCGGAUGUAUCAAAAUACCAGAAGUGGCGCAGAAGUAUGGCUUCUGGAGCCAAAUCCUGGCUAUCGAGCAGUUCAUCUGGGGCUAGUGAAGAAGCACCUUACUUAGCGUCACCCAAAUCGGAUACUGACAUCCACACCGAUCUCGAUGCACUUUGUCAGGCAAUAAAAUCACUCGAAAAUGUCCCAGGAAAAAGCCCUCCAAUGGUGCAUCGAACCGCAUCAAACCCAGCUGUACCCACUGUGAACAAUGACUUUGUGUCUGAGUACUACGAUGGAAGAUUGGGGCCGAAAAUGGUAUUCGAUGAUGCAAGUGAGCUGGAUUUUCAACAACGCAAGCAUUUUCUGUUGAAGCGUGUAUGGGGAGGCAUAUAUCAGGCGAAAAUCCGUAAUCCAAAACUGAUCGUUCACUGGAUGUGCAGUUCUGGCCAUUGGGAGCCUGAAAUGGCACGUGAAUUUCCUAAUGCUAAGAUUAUCGGUUUAGAUUACAAGCCUGUUCCCAGCGGCAGCUAUACGCCUAAAAACGUCGAAUUUCGACAAAUGCGUGCACAGUCGCAUAGUAACGGAAUUCACGGACUUGAGAAAUUCGCGGAAAACAGUGUUGAUUUGCUUGUGCUACGUGACCUUUGGAUCCUCGGCUCAAAAAACCAGCAAGGGGGGAAUGUUCUAGAACGGGCAUUCAAGAUACUCAAACCUGGUGGUUGGCUGGAAAUUUACGAUCAAGAUCGACCGGUUGUGUCUGGUGGACCUAACUUUGAUCAGUUGGAAAGAUGGAUAGAAGUAUGCAAGAAGAUAUUUAAUGUCAGCUUAGAGAAACUGGAGCAUAUGGUCGAAGAACUUGAAGCAAUAGGUUUUACAAACGUCAACUCGCAGUCGGUAGAACUACCAGUAGGUGAAUGGGCAUCCACACCAAUGUUGAAAGAGACUGGUUACUUUAUUAAAGAUCUGAGACGACGACGCUUCCUGAUCCGAGCUCCAGGAAUUCGAUACUCCUGUAACGUCAGUGACAGCAAGUUGAGGCGCACGUUAAGAAGAGCAUUGGAUGAUUGUGAAGAUUAUAGAGCGCAUACUUCAUGGUAUUGCUUUAACGCUCAAAAGCCAUUAUCGUAA